AUGUCUCUCUCCAACCUUUCUCACGUUAUUUCCCACCUAAACAAUGUCACCAAGGCCCGCCUCGGUCUCACCUCGAUCCCCAACACCAAGCUACACCUGAAGCUCUGCCUUGCGCUGCAAAAUGACGGAUUCAUCUCUACCGUUGUUCGUGGCGGCCCGACUCCCCCCGCUCCGCAUGAGCUCCUUGGCCACCCCAGCUCCAAGGACAUCGAACCUGUGACUCAAGCCAACGUCGCCACCAGACGUCUCUGGCUCGGAAUGAAGUACUGGCGCAGCGAGCCGGUUCUGGGCAAGAUGAAGAUGAUCAGCACGCCUAAACGGAGAGUGACCGCCAAGCUCCAGGAUCUUCGGCGCGUGGUCCAAGGCCACAACACUCCCUACAUCGAGGGUCUGCGGUCGCCGGGUGAGAGCUUAUACAUCUCGACGGAUAAGGGCAUCAUGGAGGCGAGAGAGUGCGUUGAAAAGAAGAGCGGCGGUCUGGUCCUGUGCCGGAUCAAGUAA